GCGGGCGCGACAUGGCGACCGAGGGGGACGUGGAGCUGGAGCUGGAGACGGAGCCCAGCGGCCCGGAGCGGCCUCCCGAGAAGCCGCGGAAGCAUGACAGCGGCGCGGCGGACCUGGAGCGAGUCACCGACUACGCGGAGGAGAAGGAGAUCCAGAGCUCCAACCUGGAGACGGCCAUGUCGGUGAUCGGAGAUCGACGGUCCCGGGAGCAGAAAGCCAAGCAGGAGCGGGAGAAGGAACUGGCAAAAGUCACCAUCAAGAAGGAAGAUCUGGAGCUAAUAAUGACAGAAAUGGAGAUCUCUCGUGCAGCAGCAGAACGGAGCCUAAGGGAACACAUGGGCAACGUGGUAGAGGCUCUUAUUGCCUUAACCAACUGAUUGGUGCUUUAUCAGUCCUCCCCACUAGGUUAACUUAUUUCAAUAAAGAUUUUUUUU